ACCCGCCACGCCACCCCCUCGCCGCCGUGUUGCUCCUCGCCGCCGUCCCCAACUCCUCCUCCGCCGCGUACAGGGACGUUGGGGGGGUUGCCUGAGGCUUGAGACAUGGGCCCGGCGCCGAAGGCGGAGCCCAUGAAGCAGCGGGUGAACCGGUGCCUGCUGCGGCUGUCCGACAGGGACACGGAGGCCAUGGCGGCCGCGGAGCUGGACGGGAUCGCGCGCGGGCUGGAGGCCGACGAGCUGCCGGCGUUCCUCGCCGCGGUGUCGGACGCGCGCCCCACCGACAAGACGCCGCUGCGGCGGCACUCGCUCCGGCUGCUCGCGCUGCUCGCCGCCGCGCACCCGCGCGACGCCGUCGCGCCGCUCGUGCCCAGGCUCGUGGCCGCCGCGCUGCGGCGGGUCCGGGACCCGGACUCGUCCGUGCGCGCCGCGCUCGUCGACGCCGCGCGGGCCGCGGCGGCUGCGGCCGACGCGGCGCCGGCCGCGCUCGUCCCGCUCGUCGGCGCGCUGCUCCACGAGCAGGACCAGUGCGCGCAGCUCGCCUCCGCGCUCGCGGCGGCCGCGGCCGUCGAGGCGUCCGCCCCCAGCGCCGACCUCGCCACCUACCUCCAGACCCUCCUCCCGCGCCUCCUCAAGCUUCUCCGCAGCUCCGCGUUCAAGGCCAAGCCCGCGCUCAUCUCCCUCAUCGGCGCCGCCUCGGCUGCCUCCGGUGGCGGGGCGGCGGCCACCGCUGUGCCCUCCCUUCGCGACGCGCUCACCGGCGAAGACUGGGCGGCGAGGAAGGCCGCCGCCGAGGCGCUCGCGCUGUUGGCCCUGGAGCAUGGAGACAACCUUGUCGAGCAAAAGCCAUCCUGCAUUGCCGUCUUCGAGGCCAAGAGAUUCGAUAAGGUGAAGAUUGUGCGAGAAUCCAUGAACCGGAUGAUUGAGGCGUGGAAGGAGAUCCCAGACAUGGAUGAGGAAGUGUGCUCCUCCGACGUGCCGCCAUCUCCUCACUCGCAGUCGAGAUCUUGUAUCACAGAGUGUGCAAGUGAUGGUCGAUACCCAGCUGAUUCCCUAGGCUCCAAUUCUGUCCAGUCAGUUACCAGGAGGAACCUAUCUCCAACAAAUAAAUCACCCCCACGGGAAGCAUUGCACAAUGCCGGCAACAGAAGGACCAGCAAUUCUUCCAUCGGAAACAAGAAGAACUCACCGCCGUCACGCCACAAUUCAGGCCAGACCAAGAACUAUGAGUGUAAGGUUAAUAUGACUGAUGCUCCGGAUGCGACACCAAUCAAAAUCGUGACCGAGGAGAAGCUUCUGAAAGAUGGUAAUGUUAGAGCAAGGCUUGAAGCACGGAGGGUGCUGUUCCAGAAGAAUAGUGAGGAGAGGUACAGCAAGGUUCCUGGGCUCAAGUCAGGGUCUAGAAUUGUUCCAUAUAAUGGGGACGAAGACUUGGAAGAGAUUGCUGAUACUGAGGAUGGGCACGAGGAGUUUCAGUCAGGUCACAAGGAAGAGGACCUUUCAAAGAUCAGGAUGCAGCUGGUUCAGAUUGAGAAUCAGCAGACUAGCUUGCUCAAUCUUCUCCAGAAAUUUAUGGGGAGCUCUCAGAAUGGGAUCCGUUCACUGGAGACACGGGUGAAUGGACUGGAGAUGGCACUGGAUGAGAUCUCCCGUGAUUUGGCUGCCUCUUCAGGAAGGGUGGCAAGCAGUGAACCUGAUAUGAAUUGCUGCAUCCUUAGCCCGAAAUUUUGGAGAAGACACGAUGGCAGUAGAUACUCAUCCAAGUACUCCAUCUCCGACGCUGCAAACUACUCUGAUGACAGCAGAACUUCUUACAAGUGGGAAAGGCAGAAGUUUGGAGUUCAGGGUGUUGUCACCAACCCAUUAGCAGAGCCAAACGCUACCUUUGCAGGGAAUGCGGUUGUUGCUCAGGAAGCCAGGAGACAGAAUUCAGCUCAAUAUAGGUCAAGGAUGGGUUAGAUGCAACGGCAACUUCACAUGGAGUUCUCGAAAUAUGAACAAGCAAGGAGCGGCUGGAAAGAUCCCCCUUUUGCUGCAUUUUCAAGCUCUUUUUUUUUCUUUUCUCCAAGUUGAAAAACAAAACCCAGAGAUGUACAUGAGAUAUGAAGUUCUGUUUGAGUUUAGACUCAGUGAGGAACAACCUAAAAGCCCUAAACUCUAAAGCAAGACCCUCUCUGCGAGCUUGAUACCCCAUUUGUAUUAUACACCAGUCCUUUGAGAUUGAGUCAACUAGUCAGCUACUGCAGGCUUGCUGAGGGCAAAAGCGUAUGUAGAGUUUAGAAUGAGAAAUUGAGGGAUGGAUGGACUGCUGUUGUCUUC